AUGAACCUGAAGAAACUCGUCGCAACCCUUCGACGAGCGAUACUCUGUUGUAACGACCGCAAGUCCAAGCCGGAGCCAGCCAUGCAAAUCGGUCUCCCAACAAACGUACGACGCGUAGACAUCAGCGCCCUGAUCCCCGGCCUCAGCGACUCGGAGCGACGCGAAAUCCACGCAAACGCAUCCAGGGACGCCGUAAACAUCGCGGGCUUACAACUCCAAGCUUCAACUCGUCCGACGACAGCGUCUGCCUCACGGCCAACUACGUCUCAUCGACACCCGUCCACAUCCCCUUUGCAACUAAAUCCUUUCCAUCCCUCCGGCCCUCCAACGUCUACUUCCUCGCCGACAAGCGUGUACUCGCCCUCCUCUGUUGCGCCGUCAUUCUCAGUACCAUGCGAGCCAGUCGACGUCGCACUAAAUGCUGCUUCGACGCAUCUCCCUAGCUCCGUGCCGACCCCGCCACAGCAGCUACAUGAUGAGGAUUCCUCACCUCCUGUGCGGACAAAAAGCAUGCGGGGCGAGGAAAAGGAGGCAGGUUGUGAAUCUAGCUCCGAAGACAGCUUCAAGGAGGUGAGGACAUCGUCAGCAGGCGGGGCGCAAGGGAGCAUACAUGCAGGCACAGCGGAUCUGUGGUAUGAAGUGCAAGUGAAGCAAACGGGUACGGAUGCUGAUACCGAGACGGUGGGUCCUUGGGGCAGAGAAACUGUGUCAGUGAUGGAGGCGGUGGACGUGCCGAAUACAGGGAGUAAAGAGGAACAGAAUCUUGAGGAUGGGGAGAGCGGUUCGAGGCUCGAGAGCCGGUAUAACGCAUCUACUUUGAACGACGGGGUUGUUGGGAAGGCUGCGGAAGAUACGAGACUUGUGAAUGGAAUGAAGAGCAAUACGGGGUGGGAGGAAGGCACCUCCCUGGAAAACCACCAAGAUUGA